AUGGCUAUUGUGGUGCGCGAAGUAUCCGACGAUGAUCUCCCGCGCGCGGUUGAGGUCGAAACCGCCGCUUACGCAGACAACGAGCUAAGUCCUAUACUAUUUCCAGGCCCCUUUCCACCAGAAGCUGCAGGUCAAAGAGUGCCCGGACUCAUAAAGAUGCGACAAGAAGAUUUGACUGUACGCUAUCUGCAAGCCUAUGAUGAAGAAACGAAACAGCUCGUCGCAUUUGCGAAAUGGCACAUUUACGACACGCCUGAAGCUGUCGCUGCAUCGUCGAGACCAUCGCGGGCUUUCGGAGCUGGAACGAACAAGGAGGCCUGUGAGGAUUUCUUCGGUCAGCUCGGGUCGAAGAAACAGGAGCUCAUGGGCGACAAGCCACAUUUGUAUCUUCAUAUGCUACAUGCGGAUCCCGCUUUCCAAGGACGGGGAGCUGGUGGGAUGCUUGUAGAAUGGGGUACCAAAAAGGCGGAUGAAUUGGGCUUACCGGCUUACCUAGAGGCCAGUCCUCAGGGCUAUCGUGUGUAUCAGCGCUAUGGCUUUAAGGACCUUGAGGUCAUCGACUUUGACCUUGCAAAAUACGGAGGUAGCGGAGUAUAUAGAGAGCCGAUUAUGAUUCGGGAGCCAGCCAAGCAGAAGUAGCUCGUGCUGCAAGUGGGACAUUGUCCUUGUCAAAUUUCGAGAUGACUUUUGAGAGUCGAUUGCGAGAUAUGGGCAAUUCAAUUCAACUUCCAAUAUUUUCAUG